UAAACGUCUAUAAAUUGACGUUUUGUCGCCCACUUGGCCCACCGACUGAGACAGUUUCUCUCCGACUGCUGACGACUGAAAGCCGACAUAAUCAUGAAGACUGUGGUAGCCCUGGCGCUUCUCAGCCUUGUUUGUGUGGAGGGAUGGCUCUUUAGCGAGGACGCAGAGUGGAAUGACCUCAAAGUGACGUGGGGUCUAAACCAGCUGUUCAGCUCGACUGUGUUUGACUCCCUCCCCCGUACGGAGAGUGACGCCCUUGCGGAGGGGUGGGUCGACUUCAGCCGUGGCGCCACCUGUGACGGUGAUUACUACCGCGGGUCCCGCUACAUCAAGGACAAUGACCCCGCGGUCAUGCUGCUGUUCGACAAGAACGGCUACAUCGCUGGUAUUCAGAUGGGGGCCCGCAUAACCGAACUCCCUGCCGGUGUUCCCGCUACGCCAAUCUCGUACAUGUGGAACUACGAUGGUGACAUGUUGGUUAUCACUGCCUACUUCAUCGACCCAGCAACUAUCUGCACCGGCCGUUCGGACGCGCUCUUCACCCUGGAGGGCACCGGUGGGGGUCUGUACCUGCAGACCGGCUACAACCCGGAGACUGACAACAUGCCCAUCCCCCGGGACGAGGCUGAUAUCGGCACCACCCUCUGGACCAAGGGCGGCUGCUUCUACACCAUGGGCCAGCACUACUGGUACAACACCGCCGCCGACAUGAACUGUGACGACUUCUUCCCGGUCUUCCUGCUGUACAACUCCGGCAGGCUGAACGGCUUCGGCUGGAACAUCAACGCCAACCUGAACAGCCCCCGCUACGAGAGUCCACCAGCAGACGCACUCAGUAUGUUCUUCGAGGACACCCCUGCGUGUUUCGACCAGCACGUACAGCGUGGACUCUCCACCAUGCACAUCUACCUGGACGAUUCGCCUAGCUUCAACUUCUGUUAGAGGACAUCUCUGCUCAACCAAUGAUAGCAUGACAAUUAGCAGCUCAACCAAUCGGAGAAUGGAAAUAACGUAUCACUUCUACGACAGAUCUACCUUGGCAGAACACAAACAUAUAUAACCCCCGUCAACAUUCCUCAAAACAACACAUAUGCUAGCUCGCCUUAAAAACGCUUCAACACAGUCUCUCAAGAAGUGGGGGCGAGUAGCUUAUCAUUUCAUUUCAACAUAUCUCACUCCUGUACAUGAACCCUAUAUCUAACGUUACAUCUGUUGUGUAGAGAAAGCCAUUACAACAGGGGGAUGUACCUACCUUUCCUCACCACGUCUACAUGACAUUGCAUGAUAUGUGAAAUCGCCACUCCUUUAAAUUUUCUAACAAAUACCUCUUUAAUAGUUCUAUGUUAGAACGGUUUGGAUGGCUACAUGUCAGCACCUCAGUUUGAUAUCACUUGGUCCAUGUGUUACUUGUGAAACGAAUAAAGAACUGCAAUAAA